UUUAGGUUUAAUAGUUAUCGUUUCAUUUUCACCAACUCUUUGCCGCUUUCUUCGCAAUUUUGAAGGUACAUGGACGAAGACGGAGAGAAACGUGUUCGUACCAAACGAUUAUGUUCUCCUGAAUCUUCCGACAAAAGAUCUGGUGAUGAAGUUGAUUGGGUAAGAGAUUUGCCAGAAUCUUUGCUUUCUCAUGUUCUCCUGAAUCUUCCGACAAAAGAUGUGGUUAAGACUAGUGUCUUAUCCAGCAAAUGGAGAUAUCUCUGGAGGUAUGUUCCUGGUUUGGAUUUGGAUUGUCGUGAUUUCACGAAACCCAAUACUUUUGUGAGUUUUAUCGAUAGCUUCAUGAGUUUUCAUAGUGACUCGUGCUUGAGAAAGUGUAAGUUAAGAUUCUAUUGCAAUCUUAAUGGGGAUGAGGUGACUGAAAAGGCUCAUAUGGCGCGGUGGAUCAACGGUUUUGUUAAACGGAAAUUACAGUAUCUUGAUCUUGCGUGGGGUGCAGUAGAGAUACCUCCAAUACUCUACAUGUGUGAUAGUUUGGUGUCUUUAAAGCUUUGUGGCGUAAUCUUACCAAAGCUUGAGUUUGUUAGUUUACCGCGUGUCAAAGUUAUGGUUCUAGAUUUGGUUAAGUUUGCCAAUGAUUUGUCUUUGGAAAUGCUUAUCUCAGGCUGCCUAGUUCUCGAAAGCUUAACUUUAUGCAGACGUCACAAUGACAAUGUAAAAGUUUUACGUGUGAGGUCUCAGUCUCUAUUGAGCUUCAACUAUAACGGCUCGAGUCGCAAGGGUCUUCAUGAUGAUCCAGUAGUUUCAAUUGAUGCUCCUAAGCUUGAGGAUCUCAAGCUCUCUCAUCAUUUAAGUGCAUGUUUCAUAACAAAUAAGUUGAGUUCCCUUGUAGAGGCGGAUAUCAAUAUUGAGUUUAACUUUGGUUUGGGAAAGAAGUUUGAUCCGAACGAUCUGCCAAAGAGAGAAAUGAUUCGUAAUUUUCUUGCCGGGAUCUCUAGUGUCAAAAAUCUGUUCAUCGCUCCAUGUACUCUUGAGGUCAUUUAUGAUUACUCAAGAUGUGAACCACUACCCUUAUUCUGUAACCUAUAUUACUUAAGCGUUGACUUCUACAACCACAGAUGGGAAUUAUUGCCAAUCUUUCUCGAGAGCUGCCCGCAUCUAAAAUCCCUUGUCGUGGGAUCCACUACAUCUCGAAAGAAGAGAACUAGUAUUUUAUGUGGACCUCGGCUUCUCCUAUCAUCUCUUGAGUAUGUCGAGAUAGAAUUUCCAUUGAAAGGGGAUGCGAUGGAGAUGAGAUUAGUGAGUUACUUACUUGGGAACUCACCAAUCCUCAAGAAACUCACUGUAUAUUGGGAUGAUUCUUCUAGAAAGCAAGCAGAAUAUGAACUCCUUACCAUUCAAAAACGCUCUAGCUCAUGCCAAAUUGUCGUCUUCUGAUCCUCGUUGACGAACAUACAAGGUUCUCCUUCUGUACUUUUAUUUAUGUGAACUCUGUUUUCCUUCUUCAUUGUGGUGACUUUGUUGUGUUGUAGACCGUAAGAAGAUCCUAUUUAUGUUAGGCUUAAAUGUUUCAAUUGAACCAAAAAUAUAAUGUGUAAGACCUAAGGAUUAAAAUUUCCAGAAACUCUCUAUUGAUGUGAACUAUGUGCUUUUUUCUUCA